AUGGAAUCGGGCAUUACUCGGGAGUACGAGGAGCGCAUCUUCCUCAACAGGCUGGGCUUGCACGUGGUGGGAAUUUGGCCGCGUGGCAAAGACUCAUCGGCGCUUUUGAGGCGCGUGCAUUUGGUUUUCAUAUACUUUUUGAUGUUUUUCGUGAUGGUCCCGCAGUGGCUGGACAUGUACUGCUUGUGGGGGGACAUAAGCGCGUACACCGAGACCCUCAUGUCGAACGUCUACAUAAUCGCCACCGUCUUUAAGCUGUCCAACUUUUUGAUAUCCGCGCAAGUUUUCGAGGUAGUUUUGAAAGUUAUGCGCACAAAUUGGAUCAACACGAUGAAAACGCGGGUAGUGGAGGACAAGAAAAUAAUGUACGAUGCAUCAGCGAGAGCCAGAAAUUACAGCACCAAGUACGGCUACAUGACGUUCUUCACGGCAAUCAUGUACAUGGUCGUGCCGAUAUUCAACGCGGGGAAAAGUACGCGCGACAGGGAGUACCCGUUUUUCGGCAGGUACUACGUUGAUCGACACUCAGACUUGAUUUACGGGCUUUGCUAUCUUGGUCAAAUAGUCACGGGCCUGAUAGUGAGCGUGGCCAAUUACGCGACGGACUCGAUAUUUCUGGUCUGCGUCUACCACUUUUGCGGACAACUGCGCAUCUUGAAAAACGACCUCGAGGGCCUGGGCCGUGGCGGGGACAGCCUGUCUGCCAAGGACAAGCUCACGGCGCUGAUUCGGCGCCACCAGAUGGAAAUCAGGAACGCCCGUGCCCUGCAAGCCAUAUUCAGUGGCUCGAGCUUGCAACAGCUGCUCGUGAGUUGCCUCCUGUUAUGCGCCAAUGGCUUCAAGCUGAUCGUGUCGCUGAGCAAUCGAGACAUCGAACAACUCAUGGCGUACGUGGCCUGCAUGCCGAUGAUACUCUACCAGAUCCUCUUCUACUGCCAACCGGGUAACGAGCUAGUCGUCGUGAGCCAACUGCUCAACGAGGCCAUUUAUCAAUCGUCCUGGAUAAAUUUGGAGCCGACGCUCGCUCGCCACCUCAUUUUCAUGAUCCAAAGGACCCAGAAGCCCCUGGCCAUAACCGCGGGCAAGAUCUACGUUCUCUCCCUGCAAAAUUUCAUGAGGAUCGUGAAGAUGUCCAUGUCGGCGCUGUCGGUGCUCCAGGCGAUGUACAGAAAGAACAGCCAGAAAUCUUUGUGA